CUUGACGAGGAGGAGAAAAAAGAUGAGUCGUCGGUUCGGAUAUACAAAGCAGAUAAGUCGUCCGCAGAGGAAUGAAUCUGAUGGUUUCGAUUAUCCCGACGGUAUUCCAAUAUCAUACAAUCUCCAUAGGCUUCUUCACUUCGACUGUGAAGGCAAGUAUGCAAAGUAUCCUUAUGGUUCCUUGGUCAAAUUUUAUGCUAUGGUGGGGCUUCACCGUUACAAUUUGUUGGAGGGGAAAAAUUUGCAGCUCGAUACCCUAAAGAGUUUCAACAUGAGAAUUAAUUGCGGUGCUUCCUCUUACUACAUUACUUUGGCUGCACGCGUUCCAGAUAGCGGUUUGCAGCAAACCUUUCAGGUUCUAGUUCAUGAACACCGUCUUGGCAGUUUAGACGUGAGGUGCACCAUUGCUAGACCUCGAGUGACCACCAAUGUGCCUUUCCUACGUCCCCAUAGCGAAUCAGAGUAUGAUUAUAUGGACAAUGAUGAAUUGCCUGAUUGGCCUUUAGAGAUUGCCUUCAAUGAUAGAAAACGGUUUCAGCUGGUGAAGGAAUCAGAGUUACGAGACAAUGAUUGGAUUCGUCUAUAUUUGGAACUUACACUUGUUGCUCACGAUAGGUCUCUUACAGUUCACUAUCUGUCCCAGUUGGAGAUUGUGCAAGUGGCGAUUGAAGAUGUGGAGCCGCCGAAUGCGAGUCUCAACACCAAAACUACAUUUGUCUACAUAACUUAUAAGGACUUGGAAAAGGCUCGGAUUGGUGAGCCGGUUGAUCGCAAAGCUAUUGUUAGAAGAAUUAUCAAUAUGACUACGGGACUCUUGAGACUCCGGGGUGAUUAUUGGAGUGGAGAAAAAGCUAUGAAUACUGAGGAGGAAUCUAUGCAUUAUCUCCCUGGUGGAGGAAAAGCUCUGAGUAAUGAGCAGCGUUCUAAGAAGCUUAAGCGUCGUUUAGGUGUUCAUAGACUAUGGCGAUUAUCUAAUCCUAGGUGGUACCAGGCAUACAAAAAACGGGGCCUCCGCUCGUCGUCUUAUUAAGUAAUGAUCCACAUUUAAAUAUGUGGAUCAGCUGGAUAACUAUUAUUAAUGGUCUCGACUAAGUUAUUUUGUGCGUCUGAACUGUUAAGUGGAUAUGUUUUUGUGUAAUUUGCAAGUGUCUACUGUUCUUGAAUACAAUUAAGUUAACAUACUACCAUAUGUGUACUUUAAUUAAUAGGGGAAUGAUGAGAGAUAUUCUUCUUGGUUUUAGUUGUCCUUU